GCAUUGCCAAACCAAGAAUAAACAUCAAAGUGAUUUUGUUUAAUUCAAAACUUGCAAUAUGUAAGGUAAUAGAUUCAUAACCGCUUUAAAAGUUAUUAUUCCAGAAAGCUUGGACUGAAAAAAACAUAUUUUUUUACAAAUUGUUUUUCAAAAAAGGAAACACAAUCUGCAAUAAUUUAUCUACAAGAAAAUAAUAACUCAUAAGAAAUUAAUUUAGAAUCAGAGAUAAGGAAAAAACUAUUUAUUCAACCUUUUUUUUCAAACAUCAUCUAGAUACCGAUCGGAUGUUUCGGUCAUUCACAGAGUUCAUGCUUUAUGAAAUUUUUGUAAACAAAAGUCACUGGUCUUCUAAGUUCUUUAACAUUAGGAUGUUUUGGUAUAAAUUCUUAAAUUCAGACGUAAGAGUUUAACCGCGCUACAUUAAUACAAAUAAAAAUUCGUGUCUUUCAAUAUUUGCUGGAAAAUUAUAUUUAUUAUUUAUUAGCUCAGCACUUUUUUCCCCUCGGUGAACUCUCCAGUGGCAUACGCACAGCUGUGCGGCAGAAAAUAAAACAAUUCAAGACUGCCUAAAAGCUUUACUCAAACCCAUGCACAUCGACCUUGAUUUUUGGGAGAAAAAAAACUUACUAUUGAUCUUGUAAGCUGACUUUUCAGACACACUACUCAUAGAAUAAGCAGACUUAUAACGCCCAUAAAAAAUCUGGAGUGCAAGGAAAAGCAGAAUCGACUCAACUAGGACCCGAAACAUAUUUCUGGAGGUUGGACAACAACAGAGAUCCUACCUGCCGGCAUUGCAGCCUGGCCCCAGAGACCUUAGAACAUCUGUUGACUGAAUGUCCCGCACUAGAUCUCCCGGGGGAAGCCAGGGCGGUUGGAGGAUCCUUUGUGAGGGAAAUGUUGUAUGGCUCAGCUCAACAGAUGGAGUUGAUAGCCAAUUUACUAGCCGAGGUCAUAAGAGAGUAAUCUCAGACCUUCACCAGAAUAUGUGCGUUAGUUAGGACCCGAAACAAAGUAUGCCCCUCGUGCGCCAAAGCUUUAAAAGUACAUAUUUGACUGGCAGUCCACCCGCGUACUGAACGUGCACGAUUGAGUUUGUUAUCAUCGCAUUCAUAGAACACACACAUCAGCAAACAACAGGGAGUUAAUCGUUGGUGGAAAAGGUGUGUAAAAAUGACGAGGUGAAAGAGAAAAGGCUUAAAAGACAAUUAUUUUAAUACUAUAUUUCUUAAAAAAAUAAUAGUAAAAUUUUUUUUAAUUUGUUACCAAAUAUAUAUGUAAUAUAAGAAAUAGCAAAUCUGUAAGUUCACAUGUAAAUAUGAAUAUAAUAUAAAAUGUAUAGCUUUUUUUUAAAUCUGUCAGGAAUGACGGAUUUUUCAAUAACUUGUCUUUUUAGAGCUUGAUAUAUUAAAAAGCAUUACAAAGCAUCUUGCAUUUGUUUGAAGACGAAAUUACUAGCGAUCUAGCAUUAUGCUUAGUAUUGAUAAUCUUGGCCACUUUAUUAAUUAUUCUACGAUGUCUAGUGAUUAUCUUACCAGGUAGCUGUUGCAAUAAAAUGCAAAUGUUUGAAAUAUUGACAGUAUGUUACCCCGUUUAGCUGACUGAAUCUCUAUGGAUUCAAAAUAAUAUUUCAUGAUGCAAACACCAUCCUAGGAAACUCAGUAUAUUGAACUCCUGCAAAAUUGAAGUAUAAUCUGAAUGGUAUGCAGUUAACAAGAAAUGGUACAAUUAUAAAAAUUAAACUUGUUAUGUGAGAUUUAUCACGGAUUGUUCAUAUUGAAGUAAAAAUUAUAUAAAAAAAACCAAAUAAUUUGAAUGUUUAAAUGUUUCAACAAGUAAAUUUCGGCCGUGUUUUAACUAGGGCUGGUUUCAUCAGGUUUCGUAACUUAUGAUGUCAUUCUUUCCAGACCUACAUCUAUCUGUUACUCUUUCCUCGAUUGCUUUUCAUGGUUGCAAUUUGCGCAGGUGACGAACUUCAAUACUAACAAAUAUCUUUGUUUGAAAUUUCUCAUAUGGCUGUUAUCUGUUCUGUUAGCAUCCUGCUCAGAUGACACGCUUAACUGCAAACAAACAUCGUUGGUGGCAAUGCCUCUUCUGAGAGCAGCCUGUUCCCGUGAUUUAAUUUAACUUAAUUUUUUAUUUGUUCCCAUUUUUUGGCCUACACUAAAUAUAAAACAUUAAUCUUAAUUAUUGUUUUCCUUCUAAAUAAUAUUUUCACAUUUGGAAAUAUAUUACAAGAAAUCGUUUAACAAUUUAAGCUCCUUAUAAUAAACAUGCAUUUUGUUAAAAAGAGAAUGAAUCAGUGUUGUUUCUAAGUUCUUUUCUGUCACAAAAAUGAGUUGAAAAUGCUGGGAUCUCCUAGAUAUAUUUAUUUACAAACUUAUUCAAAUUCUUAGCGUUUUGAUUUUUUGAAAAUAAUAAAAUGCUUCAGUACUUUCGCCUCAAAAAUUAUAAAUUCAAAAGCAGCCUCCAGGUUCUUCGUGAUGGAAGAAACGACUAAGACGUAUAUUAAAAAUAAUAAACGAGUUGAUCCAAAUCAGUAAAUAAUUGGCAGGUGUUAAAUAUUGCAAAAUUGUAAGUGACAUUUUUUUUCGCAUUUGGACAUAUACAUACAUAUAUAUAUAUAUAUAUAUAUAUAUAUAUAUAUAGUAAUUAUUUCAAUUUUAAGUUGAAAUAUAACAAUUAGCAAAAUAAUAGGGUGUUAAAAAAUCCGUAUACAGUUGGUGCUCUUUUUUUGCAACGACAUAAUAUUGUGAAAUGGGUUUUUAAAGCCUACUUUUUAUCAUGUCAAAAUACAUAAAUAAAUUUGUUCCAGAAGAUUGAGAACGUUAUGCUUCAACAAAGUAAGCCCAGAGAAAAACUUUUCAAUUACACUUUUUGGUUUCGCCAUAUUCAUUAUAGACUUGUUCAGAUAUGCUUUUGUAUCCAAUAAAACUUUAAAAUUGUUAAGUUUUACUGAAAUACUUUACAUACUACAUACUUAUGCCUUUUAGCAUUUCUGUGGCUUAGACCUUUCACAAGAAUUUUCCAUUCAUCUUCGACUUGUGCUUUUUUUAAAAUUAACUUCCAGAUUUAUCCCAUACUUCGUGUGUCUGCCUCUAGCUCGCAUCUCCCUGUAUUGUAUGCUUGCAUCUCUUGCUUUUUCUAUGCUUAUUAUAUUUCAGGUCUGGGGAUGUUAUCUGGGGGUUUGCUGAGAGUGUGCCCUAUCCACCUCAGUUUUAUUCUUUAUGAUGUCUUUAGCAGAAGCCAUCUGGUAAGUGUUUGUUGGUGAUAGUGUUUUCCAUUUGAUGUUUAGAAUCUUUAUAAGUCAUGUAUCUAUGAAGGCCUGUACUUUCUAUGAAAUGCUCACUGUGGUUCUCCAAAUUUAUGCACCAUUAUGUAGGAAUGUUUUGAAAUUUGUGUUGAAAAUUCUGACUUUUGUUUGCAGAGUCAGCUUAUUAGGCUCCCAAUAUUUUCUUCAAUAGCACACAUGCUGCCCUAGCAUAUCCAAUUCUAGCCCUGACAUUGGCUUCGGAUCCACCAUGUACAUUAAUGGUGCUGUCUACGUGUGUGAAGACCUCCAUUUCUUUUUGUGCGUUUCCUGCCAGAAACGUAUAAUGCUUCUGAGCUGUUCUGAAUUGAUUUUUACAUACCGGUAUAUAUUAUUUUUAUGAAUUUGUCUCUGGUUGUAGGACAGAGAUGCAAUGUCGUCUAAUAAGUCUAGGUCAUUCACUUAUUCUCAAUAUUGUCUUCCGUAUCCCGUAUCUCUUUUUGACUGUAUAUAUUUUGUUAUUAUCCAGUCAGUGGUAAGGGGAGUAGAAAUUGGGGCAAGAGACAACCUUGUCUGACUUGUGCUUCCACUUUAAAAGCAUAUGCAAGACUGCAAUAGUGGCUGAAAUGUUUUUAAUAUUAAUUAUUUUCAUUGUAUACUUAAGUUUUAAAAUUAAAUGAUUAAUUGUUUUAAUUUUUUUAUUUAUUUUAUGAAUCAAUCCCCCUGUGAAAUGCACACAAACAAGUUCAAAAUAAAUAUGUUGUGAAAUUAUUAUGUUUUAUUUUUAAAAUAAAACGUCAUCAUAAGCAUACAAAAAAUAUAUGAUAAAAGUGAUAAAUAAAUACAAUCACUAUAUACCUGCACCGUAACCUUGACAAAUACCGUAAUUAAUUUCUAGGAAUAUGACUUCUUUGUGUAUUUUUUUAACUUUGCAAUUUUAGCUACCAGGUCAUGGUAAUAAAAUACCAUUGCGCUAGAGUCUAGAGCCUAGAUAUUCUACGUGUAUAGAAAGAACGAUUGUUUUUAGAUACAUUUAAAAAGUAUGCUUAAUUUUUUUUUUUAAAUGUUCGUAGCUAAAAUAAUAACAGUGUUAAGUUUAUACAAUUUAACACACUUCAUAACAAAUAAUUAUGGAAUCAGAAAUGUUAAAAUAAUGUAUGGGCUAUUUAUUUAAUUUUAAGAUUUAUGUUACGUUGUGUAUAAAUUAUAAUGAAAUAAACAAACAAAAAUAUAUUACAUAAUUAUGCGAAAGAGUAUGUAAUAUCUAUUUUACUCCAUUUUUAGUAAAACAAUGUUAUGCAUUUUUUUUUCUCAAUAGAGCUGUGACUUUCUAAAACACUAUGAUUGUAAAAAAUAGCCUAUCGAUUUUGGCUUUUGCUGUAUGUGAGUAGAUAGAUAUAAGACAUUUAUUUAUAAAUAAACUUUAAUAAAAAUAAAAUAAGUAUUAAUUUUGGUAUACAUUUUUUUUUUUAAAUUUAAUUAUUGGACAUAAUAUAUAUUUAAAAAAAAUCAAUUUUCACUUUUGUCAAUGUUUAUUUUUAAAACGAUAUUUAAAAAAUAAAACUAUAUAUAUAUAUGUAUUGUUGGAAUUUGUAUUGUAAACAAGAGAACAGAUUCCCGUAUCAUUUAUAGCUUGCAUUAAUUAUAAAAUUCUAUUAUAUUAUUUCAGCAUGCUUAAAAUGCCAACUAAUAACUCUAUUUGACUUCAAACAAGAAGACAGUCAAUCGCAGUGCAGUAAGGGGCUCAUCAGUGGUUUUGACGUUGUUGUUUUUAAAUGUCAUGUAGAUUAUUCGGAGGAUACGGCCAUGAAAUACGUUACUUUCCAAGUAAAGAAAACAUCUUACACUAAGUUCACGUUUGUAAGUCUCUAACAAUAAGUAUUCUAUAGAAUUUGUGUAACAAAACAUUGUUGUACAGCUUAAAACAAUAUUUGUACAUGAUUCCUAAAAAUGCUCAUCCGAGAAGACAAAUUGUUAAGUAUUUUUAAAUUUGCAAUUAAACUACCCAUUAGUUAUUCCUGUAGUAAACAUUCUAGUAGUAUUUAGAGCAUGGAGGUAAAAUUAUUUAAUGUGUUAAUGUUCCCAUAGAACAGGAAACUGCUAGUAAAUUGGAUGAAGAAUAAAUUUACUUGAAGACCCGAAAUGUAAGUGCACCAGAAGCAUGCUUGGGGGGGGGGGGCUUCAGAGCGCAAGAAAACUGAAGCUUUAUAGCAUAAAGCAACCAAGUACAAAUUUAUGCCUUAGCUUAAACAUAAUCGGAAAGACCAAAAUGCCAGGGAGUAUUUAAAAAUUGAUAUUGUCGAACAUUAUGUCGAGAAGGACCACAAUUUAAGAUGAAAACCACGCCUUAGAAGACACGAAAUUGCCAUCUGCAGUAUGUUUACCUUACGCCUAAUGGAAAAAAAAAAGUUUCCUCUAAAUUGUUGUUAUCAUUGUAAGAGGAGCAAACCAUUCGAUGACCAACGAACGAUCGAAGGAAUUCAUAUAAUCUUUUCACCUUUUCAAGAAAAAACUGAUGAUUCCUCGUGACGAGAUACGUGUCUAGCAGGAGCUGCCACCCAUCAAAUGUCAUUAGAACUUAGGCCCUUGCUUUAAUUUAUUUUUAUCAUGUGUGAGCCGUCAGAUGCAGCAGCAUCGACAGAAAUAAGAACAAUAUAAUGGAAGACUGUAAAAGAAGUUUUUAAGAAGAAGAAAAAGCUCUCUAUUUGAUACUUAAAGAAAUUGUAACUUUCAUUUAAAUAUAUAGAAAAUCAUUGGUAUAUUUUGAAUAAGAACUUCCCUACGGGAGCUAUGAUGAGUCAAUAAAUUUUGGAUAAUAUUAUGAUCGAGUUACCCCCCCCCCCCGCCCCAAUUUAAGAAAACAAAUUUUGUAGAAGCAGUUAAAAAUUCUUCAGCUAGAGAUAUUAAGUGUUUUCGAUAAAAUUAUGGGAUCAAUGUAAAAGAACAACUUAACCAAACGUCUUUUCUUUGCUUAUUGACCUUCUGGAAGUGGUAAAACAUUCCUUUACAACACAAUCACACACCAUGCGCGUAGCAAAAAAUAAUUGGUCUUGGCAUUUGCAUUGAAAACUUACUGCAACUUUUUUUUAGAGAGGCACAACUUACUAGUGCCGUUUCACGAUGUUUAUUCUAAAAAUCAAACUUCCAAAUGCAAACAAUGAACAUUUUAAUCAGCCCAAGUAACGGAAUAGUGAAAAUAUUUAUACACAUACAAACAAUGUUAAAUUGUGGUUCUUAACCUUGUUGGAGAUACUGAACCCCACCAGUUUCAUAUGCGCAUUCACCGAACCCUUCUUAUGAUUUUUUUUUCCUGAUUUGUUCAAACCUCCGACGAACAACUGAGACUCACUCACAAAACCCCUGGGGUUCGAUCGAACCUAGGUUAAGAACCACUGCUCUGGAUUAAGUCUCGAUCUAGUCCAUCUUAAUCACGAUUAACCGUAUUAUUUAUAUUGCGGCUUUGGGACAGAACUUCUAAAAUGUAGUAUUAUAAUUUUAAUAAUUAUAAUAAAGUUUAUUUGAGAAACACGCUUCAUCCCCAAAAGCUCGAAGCACAGUACAAAGUAACCACAUUAUAAAGAGAAAUAAAAACAAUCUAAAAUUUACCACAUUUAAAAAACAGACGCAACAAUAUAAAACUACAUACGAGAAUAUCAAGUCAAAGUCUUUCAUCCCGUUUCAACCAUAAGCAACAUAAGCCAAUAUACAUUAACUGAAAGAGAUGUUAGAUAGCAUCACCACAGAAAGUGUUUGCGAAAUAGAUGUGUUUUUAAAUCGGUUUUCUGAGACCGACGAAGGGCGUUCCAAAUUGUUGGGCUGGCAAAUGCGAAAGUGCAUAAGGAUUAAUUCAUUUUUGUUCGUCUCAUUUUUGUAGACAAUUCUGUGGUACCUGAUAGCCAGAGCUACAUCAUGUUCUUGAAAUAACUUUACAGUAAUGACAAAUUAGGAGUUUGACCUUAAUAACUCCCACUUACCAUGGGUGAAUAUGCCUGAACACAAUUGUGUAGCGAGAGCAAUACGUACAUCGCAUUAUAGCAUGAGCCUAACUCAGGGUAUCACAAGGUAGCCAUGAAAUAAUUCUAAUGUUAAUUAAUUUUCUCCUUUGAAAAAAAAUUGGUCAAUUCGAAAUGAAAACUGCGUUACUCUUCACAUAUCAUCUGUAGUGCAUUUAAGAGAAAAAAAUAUAUACCACAUAUAAAAGUGUGUACUACUAUGGUUUGCUGAUAUUUUUUUUUAGAUCUCUAACUAUGGACGCAUAGUAGUUACUUUAAAUAUAAAUAUAUAAAUAAUUAAUUAUUGAAAUAUUGUUACGUUUAUUUUUUGCUAACAAAUAAAUCAUAAUUGGGGUUCAUUUAUGUAUUUUAAAAUGUAAAAAGUUAUUUUUUUAAAACAAAACGUGCUUUUCAAAUAAUUUUUGGGGGAGAAAAUAACUAGAAAGUUUCACAAUAAAAUUAGAUUGUACAAUUCAAAACUAUGAUGAACCUUUAUUUAUCUGUAUUUAUAUUUUCUGAACAAAUUCGUUUAAUUACAGUUUACAGACUGCAAUAUCCAAGAAGAUUGUAAGAACUCUACAAACAUAAAUGGUAUUCAUAUUGACAAAUUUGUCAUAGAAUUAACAGUCAGUCUGAAUGCAACCAAAUCUUUAAGUGGAGCUAAAUUGCGAGGCAUUCUUUAUACAUCUGACAAUAUGAAGAUAAUGAGUAACGAGAAAUUUUUACCAGAAAUAUCAGGUAACAUACAAUUCAUUUAUAUAGUGUAUAGAUUAAGCUAUUGUUUUGUAUGUGGCCUGUAAAUUAAAGUUGUUUAAAAGUAUAUAAAUUAAAUAGCGGAGAAAAGCUAUUGAUGCUUAUGUUACUAACAUUUUUGAAGUAACCAAAUAAAUAGUACAUGAUAACAAAUAAAUAUAUUACAGAUCACACUGAAGCAUCUGGACAACUCAUUGUCAAUGGUAAAAACAUUAAUUCGUCAGAUGAAUGCCGAGAAAGUAUCAGUAGAUCAGAAUUAUUCAUUGUUUUUCUGUGUGAAAGUAACGUUGUGCCCUGUUUGAUUGAAAUCUCAACCAAUGAUUCAACUGAGAUUGUUCAUGGCAAAGGGCACGCGACAUGGAAAGGAGAUUACAUUUUUCCACAAGAAGUUGGUGUUCUAGUUAAAUACGCGAUUUGUAGAUUAAAUGGACCCUCUCAAAACUUCAACUGUAAAUUCAUCAUAGGUAAGAAAUACAAUUUUGAUAAAAUGAUUAUGUUAUAAUAAUAACAAACACAUUUCUUGUUUCUUUUUAUUCAUAGCUUUUAUUUUUUUAUUUUUUUUUUUGGAAACUUGCUACACAUUUUUAAUUAAAUUUUAAUGUUAAAUAAUACUUUGUGUAUAUCUAGUACAUUUUUUAAAUAUUAUACAAAAGUUGCAUUUUUAUUGCUAAAUUGCGUUUCUCAUUUAAAAAAAAAAAAAAAAAAAAAAAAAAAAAAAAAAAAAAAAAAAAAAGAAGAAUUUCUCACCCCCCUCCCAUGCCAUUAAGACUUAAUGCUUACUAUUUUAAAGCAGUAAUUAGUUGAGUUUGAACAAUAUGUUUAGAACUGAACAUCUUUGUUGUGAACUUAAAUAACAUUUUUUUCUUAAAUAUAUUUUUAUUUAAAAAAUAAAUUUUGUCUCAAACCUUCAUUUUUUAUUUAAAAAAUGUAGUUAUAAAACAUGUGUUAAUGUAUCUAAAAGAUUUGAAAGAAACAAUCUCAAAUCCAGAAGAAAAUGACGGUAGCAAAUUUAACACCACAGUGAUUAUCGUUGUGGUAAAUGCAGUGCCGAUGCUACUUUUGUAAGUACAAAACUAAAUGUGUGUGUGCGUUUAAAUAUAAUGAAUAUUAGUUGAAAAUGCGCCGUUUUCAAUAACGAUUUUAACAGUGAAAUUAACAUAUAUGCAUUGUUAACUUUUUAAAAAAAGUUUUCAAAUUAUAUCAAGACAUUAAAUUUGAUAGAAUUUUUUUUUCAACAAAUAGUAAUUUUCUCUCAGAUGUUUAGGAAACCAUGAAAUUAUUUUCUAAAUUACCCUUAGGAAAGUAUGCACUUGAGGCAUGCGUAAUUACUAAGAAUACCAAAAUUCUGCCAAGAGGGAGAGAGAAGAAACGCCCAAAAUAUAAGGGUAUUAAUAUUUAUAGGAUAGUGAUGUAAUCAAGCAAUAUACCUGUUGUACCACCACGAAAUGGACAUGCUUUCGGCAUUUCAGAAACAUAGGUUGUAAAGGACAAGAGACUACUAACUUAUGUAUGUAUAUAAUUUAGUGGUCUCCUGUUCAUCCUACUCUGUGUUUUUCGAUUGCCGAAACUUAGACCGUUCUUUUAUGUACAAAAUAUAUACAUGGAUUCCUUAAACAUAGAUAAGAUAAAGUGGUUUCCAAAUUAAAAACAAAUUUGCAUCGAAUGACCCAAGAUGAGAUGGAUUAAUAAUGUAUAUACGCAUAUUUUUAGCUCUAUGUCCGGUCUAGGAAAGUGAAUAUGUCUUUAUUCCAUUGACUCCUGGCAGUUCUCCUAAUUAUUUUUUUAAAUUGAAGCUUUGUUGUCCCAUGAUAUGACUAAUUCAUUGGAAAACUCAUGUUAGGAGUAAAAAAAAAAAAGGAGUGAGGUGCAACAAAAUAAAGGACAUAUUGAUUAAUGGUAAAAUAGUAACAGGUAACAAUAAAGGUGAACACGUUUUCAUGUUUAGCAUUUGUCUUGUACCCUCUGAUUAACCAAUUCUUUUUGGUACAACUCAGUUUCACGUGAAAUUUGCAAUGGGGAGACAAUACAAAAUUAAUUAGUCAGUCAAAAAAAUAUAAAAAGUAUAGAUCUCAAAUAUCAAAAUGCCUUUUUUUUUAUAAAGGAUUAACACGGGUUAAUUGUUCUCGUGGUUUACUUGUGCUAACGUCAAAUAGGAAAAUUGCAACAAAAAAAAUUAGGAAAAAUGCUUCAUUAAAUUAUUUUUUCACAUUUCUAUUACUAUUGUUUUUUUUUUUUUUUUUUUUUUUUUUUUGUUCAAUUGUAUGGUCCAUAGCGCAAAAUGUUUACAAUAGCUAAGAUGAAAAAUUUACAGACAUUUAGUCCUAUCAUAUUGCACUAAAAAAUAUUAUCUAUCUUUAUGAUUUUUCUAACAAAGUUUCUAUUUUUAAAUAACACAUACUUUUUUCCAUAUUCCUGUACUUUCAGUUAUCACCAUUCCUUUAUGCGAAACCUGAUCAUAGAAAAAUAUAUGACUUGCUUGCUUUUAAUAUUAUGUGUCAAUUGGUUUUUUUUGUUGUUUUUUUAGAUUGUGCCUACUGUUAUCGUAUAUUAUGUACAAAGUAAGUAUGCUAAUGUACCGUCGAAACAUUAUGUAAAACAUGAAAGUAAUGAGUAACUUAGCUUAUCAAGAAAAUGAACAUCCUAAUAAACAUCAAUGUUUAGUCUUAAACAGCGUUUGUCUAGUCUUCAUUUAAGAAAUGCACUACUUAAAAAUAAAGAAUGAAAUAAGAAGGAUUUAAAAAAUGUAACAAAAUGGUUCGCCUUUAGAGAGAAUUUUCUAAUAAUGAUUGUAUCCAACACAAGUUACUUAAUUUAUCCUAUUUUUUUUAAAGGUAGUCCAAGCGUCCUUUAAUUUCAAGUCUACUUUUAUAUUUCAUUUGAUAGAAAAAUCAUUUUGUUUAUGGAUUUGAAAAUUAUUUUUAAAUGUUCGUUAAAGUGUGGUAUUAUUUUCUUUGAUUGGAAUCUAUUCAUUCUCAAUUUAUUAUUUUUUUAAAAUGUAUAUUAUAAAAUAUAAUAUAAUAUGCCUGACUGAUUCAUUUGUUACAAUUGUCUCACAUGACUUAUGAAAUUAAACAUUAAUUAUAGAAAUUUAAAAAAAAAUAAUGGUCUUAUUUUUUUUUUUUUUGAAAUAUUGUCCUUAAGUACGUCAUCUAUUGGCUAAAAAGAUUGUUUAUGCUUUUCUUUAAUUCUAAGCGUUUUAAAUUAUUUUUUUCCAGCAGUGUCGACCUAAUAUUGAUAGGAAAAAGAACCAUCAUUCUUGUGGCGAAGAAGUUUUUCUUGAUCUACUAGACGAUAAACAAACAACGAAUGGUAAAUUUUAGAUCAAAAAUAGCGAUUGGAAUAACUACAUAUAAUUGCAUUUUUAAAAAAAAAUUUUUUUAUAAACGUAGUUAGAUAUGCCCAUAUUACUUUUUUUUAUUAUAUACAUAGUUUGUUUGGUUUUUUUAAAUUGCUUUUUUAUAAUUAAUGCUUAUGUUUUGAAGAAAGUGGUUAUUUAUUAAAAUAUAAGAAAAUAUAUAUAGCCCGCCAGAUAGUAUUCUUAUAGUAGAUGAUGUUUAUAGUAAUCACGUUGUCUAUUAACUUUAGUUUAUAUAGCGUUCUUUCUAAUUAACAAAAACCAACGAAUUCAUAGAUAUGUUAUCAUUGAAGAGUGUUAUUCGAUCAUUAUUCUAUAGAGUGGUUGUUUGAAGUUUGUUGGUCCAUCAAAAUCGACUAGGAACAUCGGGUUAUCAGAUUAGGGGGUAUUGUGGGUUACGGUGAGCUCGUAGGUGGCUCGCUAGACCGAUCCAUGCUCAGAAUAAACUCUGGCAUCGUGGGCAGGGGAUAAUUGCUACAGUCGGUGAUUUAAUGUUGCUCUUUUGUGCCAGCAUGCGUGUCUCAGCUGUGGUUAUUCUACUGGCUUCACGAGAUUUAGCUCCCAUCUUGACAGCUGCUUUCCUCCUGGCUCUAUCCUGGGCUGUCUGCACCCAUUAAGUAGGGUUGAUGCUGAAGGUCUUUGGUGCAACUUUCAGCGAUUUUUUGAUCGCUUUUUGUUUACCUCCAUGUAAGCGCUUGCCAAAUGUGAGUUCUUGGAAGAAUAUCUGUUUUGGGAGCCGAUGGUUUUUCAUACGGGCUACGUGUCCCAUAUAACGGAGUUAAGACUGCAUGAGGGUAGUAAACAUACUAGGUAGGUUCGCUCUAGCGAGGACCUCUUUUUAAGUAACUUUGUUUUGUCACCUCAUGCCGAGGAGUUUUCUGAGGCAGGGUGUAUGAAAAUAUUUCACUUUCUUGCUGUGACGCUGGUAGACUGUCCAUGUUGGUUUUAAUAUGUAAUAGACAAUAUAUAUGAACGAUUAAUAUACAUGUUUGAACUAUAAUACGUGCAUUACUUGUGUCCUUUUUUCCCUUUAUUUACAAUAUAUUGUUAAUUUAAUUCAAUUUUCAUAUUAUUCAUCUCAAAUUUAUCUCUUAGAAACUGCAAAGAAGAUUAUUUUGUCGACAAACAAGCCUUACAUGGGUAAAAUGAUUUUACAUUGUUGAUCUUUAACCUAAUGUUUAUAAAUAAUUGCAACAAACCGAGUUUAAAAAGAAAAAAAACAUACUUUGCUUAGACAGUAUUAUCAUACAAGUCGGCAAAUCAAUGAUUUUAUGACUCUUCAUUACAAAAGUAAUAAUAAUACUAAUAAUGAAAAUAUAUAAUUUUUUUUUUAAAGUGAAGAAGGCAUUCACUCACUAUUUUCCUUACGAAUUGAGAAAGCAAAUCGUAUAAUUAUGUCAAUAAAUAGUUAAACUCAAAUUUCUUUAUUUUGCUUCUAUUUCAUUUAUUUGAAAAUCUUAUUUAUAUGGACUGUUUAACACUAUAUUUAUUGUUAUAUGUGUUCAAAGAUUACUUUAAGUAAGAAUGGUAGAUUGACCUUUCUUAAUAAAUUAAUCUACCGGUCUAUACCUUCAUGUAUAAUGAAAUAUUUUUAUUUCACAGUGACAGAUAAUUUAAUGGAGGAUUUCAAGACAUGUCCAAAGAAUAAAUGCCACAACCGAUUUAUUCCAAUGGGUAAAUUCACAGAGCAACAUCUCCCACGUAUCCAUCAGUCCAAUAAUGUGUUUCAUUUGAUGAAAAUAGUUGCUGACCUUACUGUGAAAGUAAAAGUCUCCUACGUCAGUGAUGGACGACCAGAAUUUUUCAAAGAUACAGACCAUCCUUACCCAUUUUAUGAUAAAAGAAAAGACAAUGUUACCCUCAGAUUUGGAACCGGAUUGAUAAAACAUGUUGUUUUUAUGACAGAGGAAGAUGGCCCAAAAUGUCAGUGUCAUAAAUGUUUACACUCGGAUGAAGCUGGAAAAAUAAGGGGUAAAAUAUAUAUUUCAACUGCCCAAUCACUGGUGUUUGAUGAUAGUGAGGCUCUUAAAACAACUUUUCAAAUAUGUUUUGAUGAAUUAAAUGGACCUUAUCAUUGUAUCAAUGGUUUGCGUGUGACCAAAUGUAAUAUUAUAGACGAUCAAUGUCUAGUUGAAUGUGUGACAUGUCAAAAAAGUCUGCUCAAUUCUUUAGAGCUAAAAACAACCAAUUGCAUUCAAGAAAUGGCUGAUGCUAACUCUAAAUAUAAUAACAGUAAAGUAAAAGAUAACAUGACCAUAAUGGUAUCCCACCCCCACGGCUGUCCUAAACAUGUCUCUAUCGGCCAUUGGACCAACAGAUUAAUAGUAAGAACCGAAGACUCUAUCAAAUAUACGAAAUAUGCCUAUACUACACCUACAUGCCCAGGUAGCAUAGGAGCUUUUGUUUAUAUACUAGGGGUCAGCGAUAUUUUACUGAAUCAUCAUAUGCAUUGUGGAGUUAAAGAAACAGUUCAUGGUUUUAGUGGUACUGGAAUGGAAUAAGAACUUUUAAAGUCUAAAAUCAUGAAAGAAUCAGCAACAUUGUAACAUUCAAACGAAUGACUAAGGCUUUAGAAAUGUAUAUUUUUUCAUUGGGUAUCUUUUUUUAAAACAAUACGUUUAAUAAGAUAAAAUCAUGUGUCAUUUACAUAGUAAUUGAAAUGUUUAGCAAUUUAGUGAAUUAUUUAUUAAUUUAAAUCCUAGUCCACUAAAAAGGAUAUAUAAUAACUACACUAAAAGCGUUACCAAUAGAUUGUUCGGACUCAAUGAGAACCAUUACCUAACUGAAAAGAUGCAAGACAUGCCGUAUAGUGUACAGUGUUUGGGGUAGAAAAAGAAAAUCAAAUUUACACAUGAAGAUUAAAUCAUGAUGAAAAUACAAAGUAGAAGUUUAUUAGUUCUUCAAACUUUAUGAAACCCAUUUAAACAGAUGCAUAUCUCUGUAAUAUUAUAAAAAUAUAAUUUACGCUUGGUGAGUUUCUUCUCUGUGGGCGCCAUUAUAACGGAGUCUAUAAAAAAUUCAUUUUUUUAUGAUAUUCGAUGUCUUUUACGCAGUCCCCCACAGAAUUGGUGACCAGAGCGACUGCCACUUAUUCUUAGUUAUAGCACAACCAUGGGCGCCCGCAUAAAACUUUCUGG